AUGGCACUAACUGGGACAACUUUUUUUAUGCACAUAUUCGGAUGUUUUCUAAUGACGAUCAACAGAUAUACAGCUGUAUGCUAUUCGUUCCACUACCAUGAGAUUUGGUCGAAAAGUGUGGUCUGCGUUUUGCUGGUUGCGGAUCUGAUCAUAGCUCACAGUAUUCCUGUCCAACUCUAUAUCGUUAAAUUUUCCUAUGAACGUUGCGAACAUGGUUGGAUCUUGAAGGGACGCUCUAGGCCUAUCCAUGAAACACGUAUAAUUUCUUCUGUUCUAACAGUGUGCUAUGAGGUUAUCUCACUAGUACUAAUCUGUCGUACUAUUUACAGUAUACGCAGUCAAUUUACUGUAAAUGGACGUAGAAUUACACAAGAAAUGUGUUUGGUAUUUGUUACCACAAUCAACUGCCUAUUAAGUGUGCUCGAGUGUGUUUAUGACAUUUCGUAUCUGAUUGAUGUUGACAGCGACAGUUUUGUAGUAUGGAUGGCUGAACAGUAUGACGUCUACGCCUUCAUACUUCUAACAUCAAAUGCGUUCAGCAUCGUUUUUCUAAGCUAUGCUGUUCGAUGCGAAAUUCUACGCAGAUGGGUCCGUCCUACAUCGACACCAAACAUUUCAUCAGUGUACGACUUAUAG